GGGCCGGGGAUCCGCGUUCCCCGAGAAAACCAGCGAGAAAGGAGCGAGGCCUGAAUAUGGCAGCGAAUAGGAACUUGAAGCAAGUGCGGAUCGAGAAUAGCUCCCCGGCGGCGCCGCUGGGCAUGGUGGGGGGUGGCGGCGGCGGCAACCUGAAGGGAUUGCGGGGCCUAGAAACGGAGAGUGAGGGAGCGGCGGCCAUGGCGCUGGUGCCGAGCAAAGAAGGUGGAGAUGAAGAACAGGAGGUUGGGUUCACCAUCGAUAUCAAAAGCUUUCUCAAACCCGGCGAGAAGAGCUACACGCAGCGCUGCCGGCUGUUCGUGGGGAAUCUGCCUACUGAUAUCACCGAGGAAGACUUCAAGCGCCUCUUCGAGCGCUAUGGGGAGCCGAGCGAGGUCUUCAUCAAUCGGGACCGUGGCUUUGGCUUCAUUCGCCUGGAAUCCAGGACACUGGCUGAAAUAGCAAAGGCAGAACUUGAUGGUACUAUUCUGAAGAGCAGACCACUUCGAAUUCGAUUUGCUACACAUGGAGCUGCCCUAACAGUCAAGAAUCUUUCACCCGUUGUUUCUAAUGAGCUGCUGGAACAAGCAUUUUCUCAAUUUGGGCCAGUGGAAAGAGCUGUUGUUGUAGUAGAUGAUCGUGGCAGAGCUACAGGAAAAGGUUUCGUAGAGUUUGCAGCAAAACCUCCAGCACGGAAAGCUCUAGAAAGAUGCAGUGAUGGGGCAUUCUUGCUAACAACAACACCUCGACCUGUUGUUGUAGAACCAAUGGAACAAUUUGAUGAUGAAGAUGGGCUCCCAGAGAAGUUAAUGCAAAAAACACAGCAGUAUCACAAGUAAGUUGUGUUUAGCUUUCCUGGAACAUUUGAAUUUGAGUAUGCUUCACGGUGGAAGGCUCUUGAUGAGAUGGAAAAGCAACAGCGUGAACAGGUUGACAGGAACAUUAGAGAAGCCAAAGAGAAACUAGAGGCAGAAAUGGAAGCAGCUAGGCAUGAGCAUCAGCUAAUGCUGAUGCGGCAAGAUCUGAUGCGACGUCAAGAGGAAUUGAGGCGUUUGGAAGAACUUCGAAAUCAAGAACUUCAAAAACGGAAGCAGAUACAGUUGAGACAUGAAGAAGAACAUCGACGACGUGAAGAAGAGAUGCUGCGCCAGAGGGAACAGGAGGAAUUACGACGACAGCAGGAGGGAGGAUUUAAGCCAAAUUUCAUGGACAAUAGAGAACAGGAAAUGAGAAUGGGUGAUAUGGGUCCUCGUGGAGCAAUAAACAUGGGAGAUGCGUUUAGCCCAGCACCUGCUGGUAACCAAGGCCCUCCUCCAAUGAUGGGUAUGAAUAUGAGCAACAGAGGAACUUUACCUGGCCCUGCAAUGGGUCCUGGUCCUUCCAUGGGACCAGAAGGAGCUGCAAAUAUGGGAACACCAAUGAUGCCAGAUAAUGGAACAGUGCAUAAUGAGAGAUUCCCUCAAGGAGGUCCAUCACAGAUGGGUUCACCUCUGGUUAGUAGAACGGGCUCUGAAACUCCUCAGCCACCAAUGAGUGGUGUAGGUGCCGUGAGUGGUGGACCUGGUGGCUUUGGUAGAGGAAACCCAGGGGGCAACUUUGAAGGACCUAACAAGCGUCGCAGAUACUAAAACUUACUUCAUUCCUUACUGUUUAGAAAUUCCAGUAGAAAUAUACAGUGAUAUGCCUUUAUAAUUUUAGCUGUUAUCUGGAAACGGUUUUAUUGUUAUUGUAGUCUUUAAAACAGUUUCUUUUGUAAAACUUUUUUUGUAUUCAGUCAUAGGCUUUGUAGUAUAGAGCAGAAAUGAUGCAGAUCAUUGUGUAAGGCAAUGUGUUUGUGACUAGCGAAAUUCAAUGUGUGACUAUGCUGUAAAACGUGCAGUUAUCUGAUCACAAUAAAAUAUAAAAAUCACUUGAAAGGA